AAAAAAAAGAUUGAAAAAAACAUCGAUCGAACCCCACAAACAAACAGACAGAAAACCGAAAAAUGCUGCGACUGAAUCUCCUCCGACUCUGCGCCGUCGCGCGAUCCCCUUCGCAUUUCUCCGCCCUUCCACCUAUUCAGGCAAAGUUUAGGCCGGCGAUGGCGUUUUCCUCUUAUAUGACGUCGUCUCACUCCUCCGCCGGCAACAAUCUCCUCUUCCGGCAGCUCUUCGAGAAGGAAUCCUCCACCUACACUUACUUGCUCGCCAACAUUUCUCACCCCGAUAAACCCGCUCUGUUGAUAGACCCAGUUGACAAGACAGUGGAGAGGGACCUUUCUCUUGUUAAAGACUUAGGGCUGAAGCUAAUAUAUGCUAUGAACACUCAUGUUCAUGCUGACCAUGUAACAGGCACCGGCUUGAUAAAGAGUAAGGUUCCUGGUGUGCAGUCUGUCAUUUCAAAGGCCAGCAAAUCAAAGGCAGAUCUUCUAAUUGAAGCUGGUGAUAAGAUUUAUUUUGGUGAUUUGUUUUUGGAGGUUCGAGGUACUCCAGGCCACACAUUGGGUUGUGUUACCUAUGUUACAGGAGAUGGUCCCAAACAGCCCCAACAAAGAAUGGCUUUCACAGGGGAUGCCUUGUUAAUACGUGGAUGUGGAAGAACUGAUUUUCAGGGUGGUAGUUCACAUGAACUCUACAAGUCAGUGCAUUCACAGAUUUUUACAUUGCCCAAGGAUACAUUGAUUUAUCCUGCUCACGAUUACAAAGGAUUCACUGUUAGCACCGUAGGGGAAGAGAUGCUCUAUAAUCCUCGGCUCACAAAAGAUGAGGAGACGUUUAAAAACAUCAUGGAAAAUCUGAACCUUCCCUAUCCGAAGAUGAUUGAUGUAGCUGUCCCUGCGAAUAUGGUCUGCGGUUUGCAGGACUUGUUGGCAAAGCAAGUUGAGGCUGUGUCAAACUAGAUACAAUCAGUUUCACUCAGCUAUGAAGAUAUCUUGUUUUCAUCAAAAUGCGGUUGAUUUCAUCCUUGAUCUACCUGUUCUUUAGAAUUUGGACACUUUUGGAUCCAUUCUUGAGAAGCAUCGAAUCUUAAGACCAGGAGCACCGUCUCAUGUUCCGGCAAAAGAAAGGACGUAAAACAGCAAUGUCAUGUACAAUAAAUAAUCCCGUUUUUUUGAACGGAAUUUACGCUCUUAGUUUUGGAGGCCUCUAUGAAGUGAAUUUGUAUGUUUUCCACCCUUCCCGUAAUUAUUAACAUUUUUCUUAUCUUAUUAAAUAAGGGGAAGAACUGGGUGGCAGACAUACCUUUAUAAUUAAAUCAAAGCAUUCUUCUUAUUCUUCUUCAAAUACAUUAUUAAUUAUUAAUUUUUUUUUUAUACCCACCCGCGCCUUCCAAAACCCAUUCCUCACCGACUCUGUUUCAUACCGUUUGGCCUCGGCAAAUGCAUUAUUAUUACGGGGUCGUGUGACUUUAAGCCAUCAAUUACUGACGUUCAUAGACUUUUCCAUCUCAAACUUUA